GUGCAAGAGCCUUUAAAGGGGAACCAUCAUCUCGGAUUUGAGAACACACAGAACCCGCAGAGGAGCGAUCACAGGUUUCGGAGCAUGCUUGUUUUCGAGCGCUCUCAAGUAACAAACAAGUCUGAUCAAACGUGGUUCCGGAGUAAGAGACUCGAGGAGAAAAAAAAAUUGCGUCCCCACCUGACGUACAAUACUACGUAGGCCUGCAUUAUUAUCAUAAUAGAUUUUUAUCAAUCGCAUGAACGCGGCGUGUCGAUUGCAUGUUCGAAGAUGGCCAUUUUGGCGGGUGACGUGUGUGCGCGCUAUCGACAGCCAUAACGCGUCUCGUGGCGUUAAGGACGCGUAAUCUCGGGCGACUCGUCGAAAUCGCGAGGGGUGACGCACGAGCGGAAAUACACGACCGUCGAGAGUAUUCGGGAGCAGCUCGGUGCCCGAGGAUGGCGAGAAUUUGGCGGUUAUACCAUCCGCUGGUAAACAGAGAACUCGCCGCGUACAGGUUUUCGCUGCGCUAAGUGGGGCGGAGUGGGGGGGAGAGGCAGUGCACCAUGGGAAUAAUUUGCGACAGGCGCACGCGCAAUUCAGUUUACAGUUGGAGCUUGGAAGAAAAUGGCGUCAGCUAAGUUUUUAGAGGAAGCUCUAAGCACGGAUGUCGACGAAUCCGCAGUGAACGCGAUAGUGGGCUCCCUCGAGACGCAGCUUGUAACGUCGACGCCGACCGUGGCCGGCCAUCAAGCGAGUCCCGCGUCGGUCAGCCAACAGAAUCAUCAGGUGAACAGCGCUAUUUCCAACGGGGGCACCAUCACCGCGGUACAGCCGCAGAAACAUGGGGUUUCGAACGGCGGCGGUGUGACCACUGUGAAUAGUCUAAUGACUCAAGAGGUCACUAAGCCCAUCACCACCAGCACUCUGCUGCCAGUAAACGUGGUUACCUCGAACGCAGUGGCGCCGCAGGUCAUCACCACGCAACAACAGCAACAGCACACACAGCCGCCAGGAAUACCUCCUGCUGCCUAUAUUAAUCAAGUGUCCACCACCAACCAGGUGUCGAGCAAUCAGGCCACGCAUAUACCGAGCUUGACCAAGACGCACGAAUCGGUAAAGAUCAUCUACCCCGGCGUUGGACAAGUUAUAGCUACUACAGGGGUGGCAAAUGCGAAUAAUAAGCUCACCUUUCCUGCCCAAACUGUUGGGCAGCUAGCAAACGGUACCUUAGGUAUAACUUCGCAACCGGUACUGCAGACUACAUCGAACGUUGUUGUUUCCAAUGUCGGUUCUGUCAGUCAGACAGGUAGCCAAACAGUGACCGCAGUGAACAAGCCGACAGGCGCAGCUUUAGUGAUUAAAACUAGUGUAGCACCCGGUGGCAUGGUUUCCGUUCCAAUGUCCGUUCCAGUCUCUGUGGCUGGCAAUGCAGUCAGCACAGCAUUGCAAGCCAAAGCUGGAGUUACUUCGACGAUAGUACCCAGUAAUGUUCAAAUUCUCAAUGUAAAUACAAUGCGUCCUGCGACACCAGUGGCGGGACAACAAGCCAAUAAACAAGUUACUCCAAGAGUGGUUAUUGGACAGCAAUUGGUAGGAGCGAGACCAGGGGCUCCAGGGAUAACAUUACAGGCACUUCACGGCCUUCAACCUGGUACUCAAGGUCAUCUAUUAUUAAAAACAGAAAAUGGACAGUAUCAAUUAUUGAGGGUAGGUCCAGCUCCAACUGCGGGUACUCCCACUGGUACUGCAGUUACGCCGAAUAGUAUAGCUGGCAAUGCAGUAGUUGCUGCACCAUCUCCAGGCACUACCUAUCGCCUAACUUCAGUGCCGGCUGUAAGUAGGCUGAAUACCCAGUUCACUGGCCCACCACUCGCCACCCUAAGAAAAUCUGUUCAGACCGUAGCUCCUACUAUUACUACAUCUACUACAACUCCAGGAACAGUGACGACAGCACCUACAACUACUUCUGCACCAACGGCUACUACUGUUCAAACAGUUCAAACACCCGCACCACGUCAAACUAUUGAUAAUACCAAAGAAAAGUGCCGUAAAUUCUUAGCAAACUUAUUAGAGUUAUCUAGUCGAGAACCUAAAUCAGUGGAACGCAAUGUCCGAACUUUGAUACAAGAUCUGAUCGAUGCUAGAGUUGAACCAGAAGAGUUUUGUGAUAGGCUUGAAAAAUUAUUAAAUGCCUCGCCACAACCAUGUCUCAUCGGAUUUCUAAAGAAAAGUCUGCCGCUUUUGCGGCAGUCGCUUGUCACAAAAGAAUUAUCCAUAGAAGGAAUAAAACCUCCUCCAGCCAAUGUUGUUUUCUCCAUAGCUUCAGCUGUUAUUCCAACUAUCACACAGCAAACUCAAUAUAGACCUACAGUAGCCGCAACAGUUCCUGUAACAGCAACUGCAACAGCUACAACACAAGUAAGAGUAAUGGCACCACUUCAAACAGCAGUAACAGCAGCAGCAGCAGCAGCAGUAGUUACAACAGUUCCACGGCCUGCCCAACCUGUUCCACAAAGACUUGUUCGACCAGUAACAACAGUUGUUCGUAGCCCUACUGCAGCAUAUACUGUAAAAUCGACAGUACCAGUAACUGGAAUUCGACCCACUGCUCCUGUUGUGCAGAAGCCACCUAUAGUUACAACAACGGUUGUAAAAACGGUCACGACUACAACACAAGGCAAAACAGUCAAUACAACCACUACUGUUAAUAAAGCCGUAGUGCCUUCUCUUGUUCAAAAACCGACUGCAAAGGAAAAAGAGAAAAAAACGUUUUCAUCAGCAGGAUAUACGGCGGAUGAUGAUAUAAAUGAUGUAGCAGCUAUGGGUGGUGUUAAUCUUGCAGAAGAAUCUCAAAGAAUACUUGGCUCUACAGAAUUUGUUGGUACCCAAAUACGAUCUUGUAAAGAUGAAAUAUUUUUGCAUAUGACACCAUUACAACAAAGAAUUAAACAAAUUGCAUCCAGUCAUAAUCUGGAAGAACCAAAUCAAGAAGUAGCAGCAUUAAUUUCGCAUGCUGUACAAGAGAGGUUAAAGAAUUUAGUAGAAAAAUUAGCAGUUAUUGCAGAACAUAGGAUAGAUCUUAUAAAGGUCGAUCCUAGAUAUGAAGUAACACAAGAUGUAAGAGCGCAGUUAAAAUUUUUGGAAGACUUAGAUAAAGUCGAGCGUAGGAAACAUGAAGAACAAGAACGAGAAUUACUUUUACGUGCCGCAAAGAGUCGCGCAAAAACAGAAGAUCCCGAGCAAGCCAAAUUAAAGGCUAAAGCCAAAGAGAUGCAACGCGCGGAAAUGGAAGAAUUAAGACAAAGAGAAGCAAAUUUAACAGCUUUACAAGCAAUUGGCCCUCGCAAGAAGCCUAAGCUCGACAUAGCGGGAUCGACCAACAGCACAGGGGGUACUCCUGGCGCAAACGCAUCAGCUAGCGGAUUAAAUAGACAAAUGCCAAUGAGACCACGUUUAAAAAGAGUGAAUUUCAAGGAUUUAUUAUUCCUUUUAGAACAGGAAAAAGAAACGUGUAGAAGCACAACAUUGUAUAAAUCGUACUUGAAGUGAUGCACUGUCAAGGGCAGGAACUUUUGUGACCCGCCCGAAACCUGGCGCUCUAUCCGCAUAUUUUAUGAGCUGGGCUCGAUGGAUCGCGUGACGUUACUUUAUGCUGUAAUAUACAGUGUUUCAUCGCGAAUUGCAUAUUGCAAUGAGAUUCAUUAGCAGUCGGCUUGGAGAACCCUACAUAUAUUCAAAUUAAAAUUAUUUCCACCGUGUCGAUACUAAGCUUCCUUAUUGUAAAUGACUGAACAUUUUUUAACUGUAGUAUACGUUUUUUAAAUGUAAUAUAAUAGUUCUUUAUUUUUCAACACGAAAUCGCAUCAAUGAAAGGAGCAAUGUGUAUGAGCACAUGUUUCGCAAUUAGUCUCUAUAUAGUCUCUUCGUGGCAAGGGAGAACGUUGUGUAUGGCUAAAUACAGUGCUUCCUCGUUACAAAAAAGAUUUUUCGCUCCACGCUAUAUGCGAUAACGCGAGUUAUCUCUCCCCUUCUCUCCUCCCACUUUUUCGAGUGAGCAAACUUAAUUCUUGUACUCUAUUUUGUUCUCUCAUAUUCUUGUCUCACGUUCGUCCAGAAUUGUUCGGCCGUUGGCAAGAUUUAUGGAACAGUUCCUGGAAGGUAAACAAGUUUGCGCCCAUGUUAGAGGAUAGCGAUUGAUCCCGAGCAAUAAUCUUUUAACGAGAUAACACUGUAGAAACAUUGUUAUAUAAUGAAUACAUGAAUGCGCGGAUGCAUUAGGCGAAUGAGUGUACAUUGUCACUAUGUAUAGGCUCGCUACAUUGUAAUAUUUGACCUAUACUUUUGGACACUGUAGCGCUAGUGUAAAAUAAGUAGGUUUUGUUAUAAUAGUAAAUCGUAUUUUUGCAAACUGUAUAAUGUAAUAAUAAUACAUGAGCACACUGUCCAAAAAGUAUGGAAUAAUUUGUACAAUAUCUUACAUAUAAUUACAAAAUAAUGAUAAUUUCAAUGUUGGUACAACACAAUAUAGCUACUCUCCACUGAAAAAUGGAAUUGUUAUCAGUAUAUUAUGUUGUAUAUUGCGAUCUACGAUUUUCAGUGUUUAUAAGAAAUUAGCUGUUACGUUUUUUAUUAAA